AGAGUUUUUGGUAUAAAUUGCGCUGGAUGAUUGCAGUUUGCAUCAGAGUCUUCUGUGCUUCAGUUCUUCGAACAGUCACUACAGUACUUUAACAAUCUUCAAAUCUCCAAAAUGGCAUUCCAAUUUGUAGUCUUUGCCACACUUUUGGCAAUUGCCAACGCUGGUCUCCUAGCAAGCCCACAACUUCAAUACAGCGCACCAUUGGCCUACGCUGCUCCAGUAAAAACCUACGCUGCACCAAUCGCUAAAAUCGCCACCCCUGUCCUCACCAAAACCCUGGUCCAAGAAGAAUACGCCCCAGCUCAAUACAACUUCGGUUAUGAUGUCCAGGAUGGUCUCACUGGUGACAACAAGGAACAACAUGAACAGCGUGACGGAGACAUCGUCACCGGUCGUUAUGCUUUGAACGAUCCCGAUGGUUACCGCCGUAUUGUAGAAUACACCUCUGACCCAAUCCAUGGAUUCAACGCGGUUGUCCGUCGUGAACCACUCGGUGCCCCUGUUGUUACCAAGGUUGCCACCCCAGUCAUCGCCAAAGUUGCCACACCUGUAGCAUAUGCUCCAGCGUUGCACGCUGCUCCCUUGGCCACACCAUUGAUCACCAAAACAUUGGCAACUCCCAUCAGCUACCAAGCUCCCGCUCCACUUGCCUACCAAGCACCAGCUCCUUUGACCUAUGCUGCUCCAGCUCCUCUUGCUUAUCAGGCCCCUAUUGCCAAACUGGCAUACCCAGCGCCCACAACCUACAUUCACUAAGUGAAAUACUCUGGCUGUUAUUAUAUUUAUUGACCUAUUGUAAGACCCGCACCAUCAUUAUAAAUAAAAUUUGAUUAUCAUUUAA